AUGGUUAAUAGAGACCAGGAUGCAGACGAAGUAAUUCAUAGGGUUAGGCAAGAAAACAUGAUGGAAAAUAACAUAACUACUAUGAUAGAGAGAAUCAUAGCCCAGAAUGGUCUGAAUACAGGACUUCGACGGCCAAAUUAUGCCUCUCCUUUAUCAGAAUACGCCUUACAAACUGAAUUACCAAGGGGUUGUAAAAUCCCUAAGUUCACCAAAUUUUCAGGGGACACUAGUGAAUCCACUAUAGAACACAUAGCCAGAUACAUGACUGAGGCAGGGGAUUUGGCGAACAGUGAGAAUCUAAGAAUGAAAUAUUUCCCCAGUUCUUUAACGAAGAAUGCCUUCACGUGGUUUACAACUUUGCCACCAAAUUCCAUAGAUACUUGGCCUCAUUUGGAGAGAUUAUUUCAUGAACAAUUCUACAUGGGCCAAACUAAGAUAAGUCUUAAGGAAUUAGCCAGUAUCAAAAGAAAAUUCACUGAACCUAUAGAUGAUUAUCUAAAUAGGUUCCGUUUGUUGAAAUCUAGAUGCUUUACAGUAGUGCCUAAACAUGAAUUGGUCGAAAUGGCCGCUAGAGGGUUAGACUAUUCCAUUAGGAAAAAGUUAGACACCCAGUAUCAAAGAGAUAUGGCCCAAUUAGCAGACAGGGUUCGACAGGUCGAACGUUUAAAAGCUGAAAAGGCCAGAGCGAAUAAGAAUUAUAAGAAAGAAAGGGUUGCUUAUGUCGAACUCGAAGAUGAGGAGUUUGAAAUCUCUAAUGACCCUUAUGGUCUUGAGGAAUUCGAAGUAGAUUUGGCUUAA